UCGUUUCCCCCUGUUGCUCGGAGAUAAUAGUACGAUCCGGACUCAUUUCAAUAGGAGUCGGUUCAGUGUAGUGACGUCACAACAUGGCCGCUGUAUACAGACUCGACACAACAGAACACCUUGUGCUGAAGGAGGAGAUGUGAUGGACAUUGGGGUCAGACAGAGAAGGCGGAUGACCAGGUCCUGUAGGGACUCAGUGAGCAACGGGAAUGUCCAAGCGGGAGAGGGACAGGGAGACAGAGACAGAGGAGACAGAGACCGAGGAGACAGAGACCGAGGAGACAGAGACCGAGGAGACAGAGACAGAGGAGACAGAGGAGACAGAGACAGAGACCCGUCACUGGAGCACAGUGUGUGCGCGCCGCGCUACAGCCUGGUGCAGGAGGUCGGCCGCGGCAGCUACGGGGUGGUUUACGAGGCGGUGGCGCGGAGCUCCGGCACUGUGGUGGCCGUCAAGAAGCUGCGUUGCGACGCGCCCGAGAACGUGGAACUGGCGCUGGCUGAGUUCUGGGCUCUGACCAGCCUGGAGAAGCGACAUGAGAACGUGGUCCAGCUGGAGGAGUGUGUGCUCCAGAGGAACGGCAUGGCGCAGAAGAUGAGUCACGGCAACAAGCGCUCCAGACAGUACCUGCGUCUGGUGGAGACGUCCCUCAAAGGAGAGCGUGUGCUGUGUGCUGAGCCGUGCUACCUGUGGUUUGUGAUGGAGUUCUGUGAAGGAGGUGAUCUGAGCCGCUUCAUCCUGUCCCGGCAGCCCGACCCACACACCAACACCAGGUUCAUGGAGCAGCUGAGCAGCGCCGUGUCCUUCCUGCACCAGAACAACAUCGUACACAGAGACCUGAAGCCGGACAACAUCCUGAUCUCGGAGCGCUCCGGAGCACCGGUGCUGAAGGUGGCAGACUUCGGGCUGAGUAAAGUGUGUGCAGGACUCGCGUCGGGCUCCGGGGGCCGUUCUGACGCAGAGGACAAAAACAAACUCGAAGUCAACGUCAAUAAGUUCUGGCUGUCGUCGGCAUGCGGGUCGGACUUCUACAUGGCGCCCGAGGUGUGGGAGGGUCACUACACGGCCAAGGCGGACAUCUUCGCCCUGGGCAUCAUCAUCUGGGCCAUGAUGGAGCGGAUCACCUUCAUCGACAGAGAGUCUAAGCGCGAGCAGCUCGGGACGUACGUACGCCAGGGCGCUGACAUCGUACCUGUAGGCGAGGCUCUGCUCGAGAACCCAAAGAUGGUUCUGAGUAUCCCACAGCGGCGCCGCUCGCACAUGUCCUCCGCACUCCGCAAACUCCUGAAGGACAUGCUUGCUGUCAACCCACAGGACCGCCCUGACGCUCAGGAGCUCCACGGCAGGAUCAGUCGCGUCAUCUGUGCUGGAUGAACAUCACACACACACACACACACACACACACACACGACAUCUUCAGGUUCCUGCACAGCUCCUCGUUCCUCUGCUCCCCCCAGAUUAGCCCACACGCCGCUCUGAGCUUUAGAGCUUUAGUCUGCUGGAUUUUACACCAGUUUCUGUGCCUUGUUUCUGUGUGUAGUCGAAUUCCCUCAGAUUUCAGAACACAUGGAUCUCAUCUACAGGACCAUCGCUUCUGGGACCCGGGGGAGGGGAACUCGAUCUGUUUCCAUGGUUACUUCACUUUACCUUCAGUGUUUAAUGUAGAAAACCAUUAAAGCUUUAGUCAUCUACUCGGACAGAUUGCUGCAGCGGCGCUUUAACUUUCUCACCUCCUCAUCUGUACAAACCGCUCGAGCUUCCAGAACCUUCAGCUUUCACACUAAGCCGAGUGUCUGACUUCGGCCGCCGCGUUGCAUCCUGGGACUUUGUGUCCUUCAGCAUGUCCUCUGUUUCUACACCAGAGAGAGUCUGAGAUUAUUGGAGCUGUUUUAUUACUAAACUGUGAAAAUGGAAUUCUAGCUUUUUGUAUUCAGAUUGUGUUCAUGCUUUAACCCGACACCUUUAACCUGUGUGUGUGUGUGUGUGUGUGUGUGUGUGUGUGUGUGUGUGCGUGACUGUGUGCGUGACUGUGUGCGUGACUGUGUGCGUGAGACUGUGUGCGUGAGA